AUGGAGAUAAUUAUCAGAGACGACCUCUCACCCCCUGAUGAAGUCCUCGAGGCUUUAGCGCACCACAUGCCCUACUCCCUCCCAACAUCACGGCGCAUACAAUUCAUGAACACCAGCGCAGGACGCCAAACAGCAUACUCACACAUCCUAUCUACAUUCGCCGCCUCCAAACCGACAUCCACAUCUACUUCAUCCCCGACCCCAGCCCCAGAAUUCCUCAUCGCCUACCUAGAUUUCUCACGCGGUCCCAACGCAGAAAUGUGGCUCUACUCCUCCAUCGAGCACCCCACGAUCCCCAGCUCGGCCGCCGUAUGCGAGGCGCAACUGCUAGCUCUGCUAACACACGUUGCGGGCCUCGAACAAGAAUAUGUAAAUUCAAAUUCCGCUUCCGCGCCGCGGGCAAACCAGGGGAACAUGUUAAUCGCCAGUCUGCAUGUGAAGGUCUGGGGAUUGCUGAAGAAGCACUCGCUGGUUAAGAUGCAGAGUCCGGAACACUUGAAGUUUUUGUUCAAGGUGGCGAAUUUACCGGCAGUGAGAGAGCUGCCUGAGGGGCUGGUGUGGGCGUCUGUGAGAGCAGAGGAUAUCCCGCUUGUGUUGUCGCGGACUGCGAUUCCUUAUAAAGCGGAGUUGAUGAAGGCGCUCCCCAGCGUCGCUAUUCAAACAAGCGCUGGCGUACCAAUCGCAUGGGCAUUUCUAGGUCCAGAUGGAUCACUGAAAACGCUACACUGCGAGGUUAGCAAACCAAGCACUCCCCCGUACCGUAAGCGCACUAUACUAACCCAAACCUACCACCAGGAAGAGUACCGGGGACGCGGACUAGCGAAAGCAGUUUCCGUGAAGCUACUCCGUGACCGAGCCGUGGAUCUGGUGCAGGACGGCUGGUAUCAUGCUGAUGUGGCGGUGGAGAAUCUGCAGAGUCAGGGGGUGUGUAGGAGUUUAAAGGGGACUGUUGAAUGGUCGGUUUAUUAUGCUUGGAUCCGUAUAUCCUAG